AUGAGUGAAAGUCCAUCAAAAACAGAAAAAGGACGCUUAAAUCGUCUCCAAGCUUUACGUUCUAAGAUCAAUGGACUUGAGAAACGCCUUAAUAAAGGUGGUGAUCUCGACAAUUCCAAAGAGGAAAAACCGAAAUCGAAAGUUGUUAAAACAAGGGAAAUCAAACAACCAGCCCCAGAAGAGCCAAAACCGCAACCACAGCCAGAGAAAACACCGUCAAUCGAAUCUAAUGAAGUCUACCAAAAAAUGGAACUUCAAAAUCGAAUGUUAAUGGAGAAGAAUCAAGAACUUGUAUUUGAAAAUGCAGACCUUCGCCAGAAAGUUCCAAAAAAAGAGCAGAAGUUAAGUAAGGAUUCACCAGCUUCUCUCCAAGCUCAAAUUGAAAAAUUAACGGUCGAAAAGCAAACCCUUAUUGACGAAAUUGUUGCUCUUAAGAACAACGAUAAAAUACCAUCUCUUAUGGCCGAAAUAGAAGUACAAAAUCGUACGAUUUCUAAAUUACAAUCAAAACUCGCUUCAACAGAGAAUUCACUGAAAGAAGCCGAAGAAAAAAUCAAUGAAAAGAAUCUCAUAAUUGGCCAGCUCUCUCCAAGAGUUGAAGAAACUAUUAAACCCGUUUAUUCCGAUGACAAUGACCAAGACGUGGAAAUAGAUAAGGAUGAUGACGACAACAGCAAUGAGGCCAAGGAAGACGACGAUAGCGCAGAAGCAUUGAAGAAAUUAACCGAAGAACAAAAGAAAUUGCAAGAAAAGCGAAAACAGCAAGAAAGAGAGGAAACAGAAAUCGCCUUACAACAAUGUGAAAAGCUUCGAGCGGAAAAUCUUUCAUUAAAACGCAAAUUACAAGAUUUCGAACGCGAAAGGACCUCUACAGAGAACAUCAAGGCGAUGCUCGAUGAGCUCACCAGCAUACAAGCUGUGUGCGGCAAACUAAACAAGAGAGUCGAAGAAUUAGAAUCCGAAAACGAAAAAUUAUCCGGACUCAAACAACAAUUACAGGACGCAAUCAAAGCUAAAGAGGAGCUUGCAGCCAAAGUUACUGAACUAGAGAACACUCCCGUCCCAGAAAUUCCGAAACAGAUAGAUCCUGUUCCAUUAUUCCAGCAGAUCGAGAACUUGACAAUAGAGAACAACGAUCUGAAGGCCAAACUCGAGAAAGCCGACGAAGACAAGGAAGAAGACGAGCUCCUCAAGAUCUGCAACAAUCAUCAGAAAGAAUUGCUCGGAGUCAAGCCAAAAGUCGACGAGAAGCAGCAGAAGGAGCUUGAGGAGAGCAGGAAGAAGAUCGAGGACCUCCAGAAAGAGCUCGAAACGAAGGACACGAAGAUUUCGGAACUGACGAGGAAGACACAGGACUUGGAGAUCAGAGUGAUAGAGCUGUCCGACAAGACUCCGGCCAACGACGACACCGUCAUCAUCGAAAACGACGUCCCCGUCGAGGAACAAAAAGAUUUCGAUGACGAUUUCGUCGACAUCGACAAUGACGCAAGCUACUGGAAGAAUAAGUGCGAAACACUCAAGGACAGAGUAAAGAGACUCGAAGACCAGCUCCAGCUCUCAUUCAACAGGUACAAAGAUGGUGAAAAAUUUCUAAAUGAUGAAAAAGUGACAGAAAAAGACGAUAACGAUAAUGAUGAUUUUGAUGACAAAGACGAGUUUGGCGAGGAGCAAGAUCUUCUCCAGAGCAGCGAGAGCCAAGUUGCCGACAGGAAGUUCGAAGCAAAGACAGACUUCCAGCGGAUGAAAGGCGAAAUCAGCGAGAAGAGGGAGAAAGGAGAGAAAGAGGACAUAAUGGAUGAGACAGUGAAGUUCGAGGCCGCCAGAGAUGAUGAGGAGUACGUGAAGGAGAUCAAGGAGCUGAAGGAGAAGCUCGCACAAUCAGAAAACACAAUAAAUCAGCUGAGAGAAAAGAAGAGAGAACUGAAGAGGAAACUCGAGGACUUAAAGAUCUCUGUUCCUGAUAUAGACUUGAUAAAUGAGAAUACAAUUCUCGCAAGACAAAUAGAUGAAAUACAGAGACAGAUUGCAGCUGCAGUAGCAAAGAAGUAA